AUGCGGGAAGCCGGAAGCUCACGUGGACGUGGUCGUGGUCAAGGACGAGGCAACAACGUUGCUGGCAGCAGUAAUGAGAAGUAUACCUCAUCCAGUGGUAUUCUCUGGACCCCUAUGAACCUUAGCAGCACCGCUUCCACUUCAGGUCGCAUGCGAGCUCGAAAUAUUGUAACCACUGCAAAUGGACGAACGUCAUUUGCUCAUCGUAAUAUAAGAACAAAUCCUGCUUCAGCGUGGCGUUUGAUGGUGAGUGAAUCAAUGGUGAAACGCAUUCAAUCAUGUACAGUUGCUGAGGCACGAUGCCAACUUAGAGAUGAUAGUAACUGGCAUGUUCGUCUGGAAGAACUUGAUGCCUUUUUUGCCCUUCUGUAUGCCUGUGGAGCACUAUGCCAUUCAAAACUUUGUGCAGAUGAUUUGUGGAACAAGAAUUGGGGACCACCUGUGUUCUAA